GCGUGGUUCAGUUCGGUAUCGACCUCGCGUUGUUUCGCACUGCUGCGCGAAACGAAACGAGAACGCAUUCUAAAUAUUCGAAUUUGUAUUUUAGAAAUUAAAAAUUUACGUAACGUUAGAGAAAUAUUGAUUUCUAAAUUUAAAAAUAAAAUCAUUUCUUUUUAUUGUUUACUCGAAGUUCAAAUUCAAAAUCUGACCUAAUUUAGUAACUGCACGAAAUUGAAUGACGAUGCUGUAAGCUGAAAAGGCGUGAACUGUUUAGUGUAUAGUUUACUUGAGUGAGAAAAAUGGCGAGUGCGCUGAUCAAGUUGCAGAGUUUCGGGCAGAAGGUGAAGACUAAGGAUCACCAGGAUUGCAGAACUUUGCAGAUGCAUGUGCCGACACCGACCUCUGUGGAAGUUGAGUUUACAGAAAUUACGUUGAAAGUUUCAGAAGGACUAAGGUCUAAAAAAACGAAGACAAUCCUCAAAGGAGUGUCGGGACAUUUCAGGUCUGGGCAGCUGACAGCUAUCAUGGGGCCUUCGGGCGCCGGCAAGUCUUCACUUAUGAAUGCCCUUACAGGGUUCGCGUAA